AUGGAGGCCUGCGAUAGACUGGGAGUGCAGGAUUGCACUGAUGAGAGUACUGAUGAUUUCAGUGAUUUCACAGAGAAUUUAUCUAUUGUGGAUGAAGCUUGGGAGACCAUCGACCCCAACCCCGACAUCCAAGAGCUCUUCACGGAGUACAAUGACGCUUUCUUCCAAGGGAAGUUGGCUGACGUACCCGUUGAGUGGAGCAAUAGGCUGAAGACGAUGGCCGGUGUCUGCAAGAAACAGAAGCAGUUCGGGGGCCCGUGCCGCAUCAGGUUGAGCAGACCCAUCCUGGAGCAGAUGCCCAGGAGGACAACAGUAGAGUGUCUGCUGCAUGAGAUGAUCCAUGCGUACCUGUAUGUGUCAGAGAUACAGGACACCUCUGCGCACGGCGAGGAAUUUGUGAAGGAGAUGGAGCGGAUCAACUACCUGACCGGCGCUAAUGUUACUAUCUACCUCGACUUCUAUGAGGAAGAGGAUGCGCUGAAGACCCACUGGUGGCAGUGUGACCGCUGUCUUCUAUACCGCAAGAAGAUGGUGAACCGCGCCCCAUCUAUGACUUCUAAAUGGUGGGCGCUACAUGAACAGGUGUGCGGUGGAGAAAUCCACAAAGUGAUGGAGCCGCCCCGCCAAGGAACUAAAAGACCGCGGACCGAUGCUGGUGCACCUGGCGAUACGGCUGCUCGCACACCCGUGAAGAAAGCGCGGAAGGCACACGCCAAGUAG